GGGAAAAGGGAUGGUUAUUGAAGGAUGGGCACCACAAAGUCUAAUUUUGAACCAUUCAAGCAUUGGAGGUUUUAUAACUCAUUGUGGAUGGAACUCGAUUUUAGAAAGCAUGAGUUUUGGCAUACCAAUAAUAGCCAUGCCUAUGAAUCAUGAUCAACCAUUGAAUUCAAGAUUAGUGGAGGAACUUGGCAUAGGGGUGGAGAUUUUGAGAGGUGAAAAUGGGAAAAUAAUGAAAGAAGAGGUGGCAAAAGGAAUAAGGAAAGUGAUAGAGGAGAAGCCUAGGAAACAAAUUCAGAAGGCAAUGCAAUUGAGUGAGAAGAUAAAAUUGAAAGCUAUUGAUGAAGGGGUUAAAAAGUUGUUGAAGCUAUUAUAUUGA